GAAUCAGAAUCAGAAUCAGAAACAGUUUUAUUGCCAGGAAUGUUUACACAAACGAGGAAUUUUUUUUGGCGGAAGGUGCAACAUUUGGACAUGACAAACAAACAACAAUCAACACGACAGAAAGACAACAAAUAAUGUGAAAGUGUUUGGGUGUGUGCUUCAAGUGGUGUGUUUUAGUUAAAAGUGUAUGUUACAUGUGGCGUGUGUAGAGGAGGCCUCCAGGAGGGAAGAAGAAGGAGGAGGGAGGAGGAGUGGGAGGAAGAAGGAGGAGGAGGAAGAGGAAGGAGCGGGAAGAAGGCGGAGAGAGGAAGGUGGAAGAAGAGGUGGUAGUCCUGGGGGUGACAGUCAGUCAGUCCCGGGUUCCAUUGAUGAGCCCGACUGCCGACGGGAAAAAGCUUUUGGUGUGGCGGGUGGUCUUUGUCCUGAUGGACCGCAGCCUCCUCCCCGAGGGGAGGGACUCGAACAGGGAGUGUCCAGGGUGGGAGGGGUCAGCGACAAUCUUUCCGGCCCGCUUCAGUGACCUGGAAGUGAACAGGACCUGGAGGGAAGGCAGAUUGCAACCGAUAACCCUCUCGGCCGAGCGGAUGAUGCUCUGCAGCUGCGCUUGUCUUUGGCUGUGGCUGCAGGGUGCCAGACGGUGAUGGAGGAGCAGAUGAUGGACUCAACGAUGGCCGUGUAGAAUUGUACCAUCAUUCUCCCUGGCAGGUUGAAUUUCCUCAGCUGCCUCAGGAAGAACAUCCUCUGCUGGGCCUUCUUGGUGAUGGAGCCGAUGUUCAGCUCCCACUUGAGGUCCUGGGUGAUGAUGGAGCCCAGGAAGCGGAAGGACUCCACAGCGUCGACGGGGGAGUCCCACAGGAUGAGAGGGGGGGUGGGGCUGCAUUCCUCCUGAAAUCCACAACCAUCUCCACUGUCUUUAGAGCGUUGAGCUCCAGGUUGUUCUGGCUGCACCAGGUCACCAGACGACCUCUGACCUUUGACCUCUAGCAUUAUGGCGUCUCCCCCGCCGGCUGACCCGAGCUCAGCUGUGAGGCCGGAAGACGACCUCUCGGCUCCGCGGCGUCUCUCCGUCUGCCUGGUGGACUGCAUGACAUUUCCGGGUCUCGUCGAGGUGGAGUUAAAGGAGGAGGCGUUCCGGAGCGAGCGCCGCCUGAGGCUGCACGGGCGCAGCGAGCACCGCGACGGGACGAGAGAGAGGAGCCACGCCAGCGCUCGCUGCGACAAGAGCUUCUACCUGUGGAACACGCUGCGGCAGCACCGGCUGACCCACUCGGGGGAGAAGACCGUCACCUGCGAGCGGUGCGGCAAGAGCUGCGCCCGCAAAGGAGACCUGAAGACGCACAUGCUCAGCCACUCCCGGGAGGGGCCUCACGCCUGCGGCCGCUGCGGCGCGGCCUUCAAGCAGCCGGCGAAGCUGAAGCAGCACGAGCAGCUCCACACGGGGAGAAGCCGUACCGGUGCGCGCUCUGCCCCAAGAGCUUCGGGGUCCACGCGGCGCUGGCGGCGCACGGCUUCACGCACACCGGGGAGAAACCCUUCAAGUGCAACGUGUGCCCCAAGACCUUCAGUGGCAGGAGCAACUUGAAGAAGCACACGAUGACGCACACGGGGGAGAGACCGUACCGCUGCUCUCACUGCGGUAAGGGCUGCCGGUUGCUGCAGCACCUGGUCGUCCACGAGCGAGGCCACACGGGCGAGAGGCCGUACGCCUGCGGGAAAAGUUACACCAACCCGUCGGCGCUGAAGACGCACCGCGCCACGCACCGGGGGACGGGCGGCGCCGGGCGACCCAGAGACGCCGGAGAAACCGCACCGCUGCUCCCAGUGCGGCAAGUCCUUCAGCCAGGCCGUGAACCUGAAGAAGUACUGCAUGGUCCACUCGGGGGAGAAACCCUACGGCUGCACCACGGCCGGGAAGCAGUUCAACGACAAGAGCAAGCACGCGCGCGCGCAUUCACACGGGGGAGAAACCCUUCGAGCGCUGCCACAAGAGCUUCAGGCUGCUGCAGCACCUCACGGGCUGACCCACCAGACCCCCUAAACCCACACCCUCUGAACCCAGACCACAGAACCCAGACCCUCUGAACCGUGACCCGCGGACCGGCCUUCAAGCUGUGGGGUGCAUUAACAAUACAACUCGUCACUACGCUGAAUAAUUGUGUGUGUAAAGAAAAUAAAUCUUUUUGACUUCAGAAUUGGUCUGACACUGAAUCUCCGCCUAAAUAUGAAGCCACCAAAACAAAAGCCCCUGGAAGGUCAAAGGUCCUGUAUGAAGGUCAAAUGUCAUGUUUGAAGGUCACAUGUCCUGUCUGAAGGUCAACGGUCCUGUAUGAAUCACCUCUGUGAAGGUCAACUUGUCAUUUUCAACUCGUUUGUGUAUUAAUAUUAAACCUGCACAGAACCCAAAGGAUAUUUAAUUGUGUUUUUUAGGUCCCAGUAUGGGUUUGGGGCCACUAGGUGGCGCUGCUGCUUCACUCUGCUCUGUGUCUCGACCUUUGACCUUCAGUGAUCUGGUGUUUGCGUUCCUCUUCCCGGAGAACCGGUGACGUUCCUGUUUGACGUUCCCGCCCACGUCCCAGUUGCUCAUCAGCUGUUUGCUCUGAGGAAACAAACCGCCUCCACACAGGUGACCUCC